CGAGUAGUAACCAGGAAGUGGCUAGUCAGCUAGCAACGGAUAAUGAGCAGCUGAGACUCUGAUAUUUGACAGCUUCAGAAGGGCAGGAUGGGCAGGCAGAGGAAGAGGGUGGUGACCGGUGAAGCUGCUCCCCCUCCAAGGAAAGAUGAGAAGCCCUCUGCAUUUCACCGCAAAGAGAAGAAAAAGAAAGUUGAUAUCGGCAAAGUCUUCAUCAACAUCUCCAUUGGCCUCUGCAUCUUCAGCCUGAUCUGGUUCUUUUAUGCCCUCUACAUGCGCUCCAGUCUUGCCAAACGGGUGGUGACCUUGCACCCGUCACCUUCAGUCCUGGAUGCCAAUAGCAGCAGUGCCAAGGUUUCUCUGGAGAGGUUCUGGGGCUCAUACAGGCCUCAGGUCUACUUUGGGAUGAAAACCAGGAGUCCGAGGUCGAUUGUGACAGGCAUGAUGUGGAUGCGUCAGUUUUCUGACAUGGAUGUAAACCUGAGGCACACUUGCGAGCAAGGGGACCGUUUGCAAAGCUAUGGGUGGCUGAUGCAUGACGGGGUCACCUUUGGCGUCCAGGAAAUCCGAGACAACGAUUUCACGCUAACCACAGAGUUUGUCAAGCGGGUGGGAGGGGAUCACGGAGGAGACUGGACCUGGAGGAUCACUGCCAAACAGCAUAGCUCUGCUCCUCAAGCGCCAGUCCUCUCCCUGAUGUUUUACGCAGCAGCAGACACACAGGGCUCACUGGAGGCUCAUGUUGAGGAGAGAAACCGCCUCGCAUCCAUCACUGGCUUCUCAGAGGAGCUUGGAAACUUUAAAAUCUCCUUCAGAAAGCCAGUAACCGGUGAAUUAUCCAGUGCUAAAUAUGCCAGUUACAACUAUCUGCAGACUGUCUCACCUGGCUUGGAGAAGCUGACUGACAUCGUGAAGCACAGUCUGAACCGCAGGUUUGUCUACAGCCCGCCCUCCGCUGAGAAGAGGCAUUACAUAGCUGUAGACACCUACAAGCCCCCCCACCACCAAAACCAACAGAAAGCCGCUGACCCGAGGAAAGAGAGCGACUUUGUGGUUCACCAGGUGACCGUCCAGACGCCGUUCCAGAUCGAAGUCCUGUUUGAGUCUGGGAGCUUCCACAACCGUCCCAACCAGCUCGUGGGCUCCAUCAUGACUCAGGAGCUGGAGAAGAGGAAAGCUGAGUUCGACGCAAAGUUCGAGAAGACUUUUGGGCUCGAGAGCAAAGAUUUCAGCCAGGCACAUAUUAAGUUUGGGAAGGCGGCGCUCAGCAACAUGUUGGGUGGAAUGGGCUACUUCUAUGGCCAGUCCGUGGUGCAGUCAGUCUACAACGAAUACCCGCUCUUGUACCCUGAAGGCGCUUUAUUCACUGCUGUACCGUCACGCUCCUUUUUUCCCAGAGGGUUCCUUUGGGAUGAGGGCUUUCACCAGCUGCUGCUGAGUAAAUGGGAUCCCCAGGUUACAAGAGAGGCUAUUGCCCACUGGAUAGACCUGAUCAAUAUCGAGGGCUGGAUCCCACGUGAGCAGAUCCUGGGAGACGAGGCUCGCAGUAAAGUCCCAGCUGAGUUCGUAGUGCAGCGUAACGAGAACGCCAACCCACCUACUCUUUUCUUAGCUCUUCAGGAACUUAUUGAACAGCUCUCUUCAAAUUCAGAGGAGGUAGACUCUCAGCCAACCUUGCUUUUCCUCCGACGACUCUUCCCCAGACUGAAAACUUGGUUUGAAUGGUAUAACACCACACAGGCAGGGCCGCUACCGAACUCGUACCGCUGGCGCGGACGUGACAAGGACACUAAUCUUUUCCUUAAUCCCAAGACCUUGACUUCUGGGCUGGACGACUACCCGCGGGCCUCACACCCAUCCGCAGAUGAGCGCCAUGUGGAUUUGCACUGCUGGAUGGCCUUAUCCUCAGGCAUCAUGGCAAGUAUCGCCCGGCAUCUAGGCGAGCCUCAUCAGGACUAUGAACACUCGCACCGAGUCCUCAGCGAUAACAACCUGCUGAACGAGCUCCACUGGUCAGAACAACACCGUGCUUUCAGUGACUACGGCAACCACACCCAGGCCGUGUCCUUGCAGCAGGAGAAGGUGUACGUGCCCCCCGGACAACCCCGGCAUCAGUUCCCCGUGGCGCGCCUUGUGCGCUCAGUCCGCCGGGCCCCCAAGCAGCAGUAUGUUAACGCUUUGGGUUAUGUUAGCUUGUUCCCUUUCUUACUGCACGUUCUUACACCGGACUCUCCCAAACUAGAACAUAUCUUCCGUGACAUGAGAGACUCCAGUAAGCUGUGGACCCCCUACGGCCUGCGUUCGCUCUCCAAGGCCGACCCACUGUACAUGAAGCGAAACACAGAACACGAUGCCCCAUAUUGGAGGGGACCCGUAUGGAUUAACAUCAACUACUUAGCAGUCAGAGCCCUGCACCACUAUAGCAACACAAAUGGGCCAUACCAAGAGAAGGCAGCUACUCUCUAUGAGGAACUCAGGACUAACAUCAUCAAUAAUGUUUAUAGACAGUAUGUUGAAACAGGGUAUAUCUGGGAACAGUACAAUGACAGCACUGGCAGGGGCCAAGGAAGCCACCCCUUCACCGGCUGGUCAGCCCUUACAGUAUUAAUGAUGGCUGAACAGUACUGAUACUGUAGAUUUCAUCUCAUGUUCUCUAAGAUACUGGCCUUCAUUCAUCAGGAUGCAACUGAAACAAACAGAUUUUAAGAUUGAUAUGUCUUAUCUGGUUGAUGAAACUCUACUAGCCAUUGAAAACCUGUAAUUGCAAGAUCCACCUGAAAAAAUAGGCAUUUAUGACCACAGCUUCACACCCAACCUUUAAUUAAAAUCACAGGUUUCAGUCUAAGUGCAGCCACCCCGUCUUCGCUGUAUGUGGAGCCGAGCACAGUCUAGUGCUUCAGUGACAUACUUCAGCUGCAAACCCUCACAACUUCAGACACACGCAACUUCAUCGCUGCCAACCGCAGUGUUUAAAUAUGGAAAAUCAAGAUGGAUGAUUACAGUAUUUUUCUUUAAGAUGCAGGAAACUGCUGGUCCCUGACCCUCUCUGAGAAGGUACAUGCUCACAGGCUAUACUUGACGUUGUUUAUGAGCAACCCUGAUCAGGUUUGUCAGUGUAUAUCUGAGAAACUAAGUGCAUAAAUGAACAAGUCGUGCAUUCAGGCGAGGGCCAUUAUUCUUGAUUGUGCCAUUUCUCUUAAAUCACAUGUCCUCAAUUCUCUGUCGUAAAUGAUCAGUCAUUUUCAUAUUUUAUUGUUUGAUCAGCGUCUUUAAAAACGAUUCUAUUCGGACUUUUCUGAAAUGACUGCUUCUGAAAGCAGCCGUAUUUUGUACACAGAGCCUUUGACUGGCAGGGAAUACAACAUUGACCGAGAUUGGUUUUGUUUUGUUAAGAACAAAUAAACGGUUGA